GUCCGGGAGUCCCCCGGGUACCAAGAUCUGGUCACCCAGAACCGGUUAGACGAAAACUUGAUCCCUAAGACCGAGAACCCAGUGGUACGAGUUGCCGCGGUGACCAUUCGAGCUGGUCGAGCAAGAUCACCGGUGGGUGCCAUGGAAGAGGGUUUGAUCCGCGAAAUCCGAGUCGACCGGAUCAAGCAGGCCCAAGAGGAAGAAGUCUGGAUCACCGGCAUGAAGGAGUAUCUGAGUGGCUCAAUCGCAGAUCUCACACAAGCGGAAGCAAGAUCGUAUGGCAAGAUCGCGGCCGACUACGAGGUAGACGAGCAGGAUCUACUCUUUUACUGCCCCCCACGCCAAGAUCGGGGGACGAUCGUGACCGAUUGA